CAGUACUGAUGGGAGACAAAAUGAACGGUCUGUCUGAAGACUUCAUGGUGGCCAAUAUCCCCUUCAACUUCUACACAACCUCCGAAAUGUUGCAGAGAACUCUGGAGAAACCAUUGGAAAAGAAAGCCGGCCGAAACUUUGGACCUCCUGGUACCAGGCGUUUGAUCUACUUUGUAGACGACAUGAACAUGCCAGAGGUGGACAAGUACUUCACAGUACAGCCCCACACCUUGAUCAGACAGCACAUUGACCACAGCCAUUGGUACGACCGCGCCAAGUUGACCCUGAAGGAGAUCCACAACACCCAGUAUGUGGCCUGCAUGAACCCCACUGCUGGUAGCUUCACCAUUGACUCCAGACUGCAGCGUCACUUCUGUGUCUUCUCCAUCAACUUCCCCAAUGCUGAGGCCCUGGCCACCAUUUACACCAGCAUCCUGCAGCAGCAUCUGGCCAUGUCUGGCUUCUCCCAGGGGGUCCAGAAAUACUGUAGCACCCUCAUCAACGGAGCCUUGGCUCUCCAGGCAAAGAUGGCAUCAACUUUCCUGCCAACAGCCAUCAAGUUCCAUUACAUCUUCAACCUUAGAGACAUGUCCAACAUUUUCCAGGGUCUACUGUUUGCUCAACCAGAGUGUGCCAAGACUCCCGUAGAACUUGUGCGACUGUGGUUACAUGAAGCAGAAAGAGUAUACAGGGACAAACUCACUGAUGAGAAAGAUAUGGAAACUUUUGACAAGCUUGCCAAGGAUAUUGUCAAGAAGUCCUUCGAGGACAUAGAUGAAGCCUUACUCUUCAAGCAACCUCUUCUUUACUGCCACUUUGCCCAGGGAGUUGGUGAUCCCAAAUACAAUGCCGUAGAAGGAUGGCCCGAGUUAAACAAGAUCUUAGUAGAAGCUCUGGACAGUUACAAUGAACUGAAUGCCGUCAUGAACCUUGUCUUGUUUGAAGAUGCUAUGAUGCACGUGUGUCGCAUCAACCGCAUCCUGGAGUCUCCUCGUGGUAAUGCUCUUUUGAUUGGUGUUGGUGGUUCUGGCAAACAGAGCUUGUCCCGUUUGGCCGCUUCUAUCAGCAGCUUGGAGGUGUUCCAAAUCACCCUCAGGAAAGGCUACUCCAUUGCUGAUCUCAAACUAGACAUUUCCCAACUCUACAUCAAGACUGGUCUGAAGAACAUGGGCAUGGUGUUCCUGAUGACGGAUGCCCAGGUUGCCGACGAGAAGUUCCUUGUGCUGAUCAAUGACUUGCUGGCCUCAGGAGAAAUUCCGGAUCUCUUCCCCGAUGAUGAAAUUGAAAACAUUAUCAAUGGUGUACGUAAUGAAGUAAAAGGCCUGGGAAUGGAGGACAGCAGAGAAAACUGCUGGAGAUUCUUCAUUGAAAAAGUCCGCAGAACACUGAAGGUGGUGCUUUGCUUCUCCCCGGUUGGAUCCACCCUUCGAGUCAGGAGCAGAAAAUUCCCUGCUGUCACCAACUGUACCAGUAUAGACUGGUUCCACGAGUGGCCAGAAGAUGCUCUGAACUCAGUAUCAGCUCGUUUCUUGGAGGAAGUUGAACUCCUGGCACCUGACAUGAGAAUUUCUAUUGCCAACUUCAUGUCCUAUGUACACAAGUCAGUGAACGAGAUGAGCGCAUCCUAUCUCCAGAACGAGAAGAGGUAUAACUACACCACACCAAAGAGCUUCUUGGAGCAGAUCAAGCUGUAUCAGAACCUGCUCAACAAGAACAACAGUGAACUACAGGCCAAGAUCAUCCGUCUGGAGAAUGGUCUGGAGAAACUCCGCAGCACUGCCACUCAGGUAGAUGAUCUGAAAUCCAAGCUGGCCUCACAAGAAGUAGAGCUGGCUCAAAAGAAUGAAGAUGCCAACAAACUGAUUGCCAUUGUGGGUGCUGAAACAGAGAAAGUCUCAAAGGAGAAGGCUAUUGCCGAUGAUGAAGAAAAGAAAGUAGCACAGAUCAACAUAGAGGUCACCAAAAAGCAGAAUGACUGUGAGAGAGAUCUGGCCAAGGCUGAACCUGCCCUGUUAGCUGCCAAGGAAGCCCUGAACACACUGAACAAGGGCAACCUGACUGAGUUGAAAUCCUUUGGAUCCCCACCUUCUGCUGUAGUCAAUGUCACAUCGGCCUGUAUGUGUCUGCUAGCACCUGGAGGAAAAGUGCCAAAAGAUCGUAGCUGGAAGGCAGCCAAGAGCUCCAUCAUGGGGAAGGUUGACCUUUUCUUGGACAAUCUCAUCAAUUACGACAAGGACAACAUCCAUGAGGCCUGUCUAAAGGCUAUUCAGCCAUACCUGGACGAUCCAGAGUUUGACCCCGAAUUCAUCCGAAGCAAAUCAUUGGCUGCAGCUGGUCUCUGCUCGUGGUGUAUCAACAUUGUCGGAUACUACCGAGUCUACUGUACAGUGGAACCUAAGAGAAUUGCCUUGGCCCAGGCUAAUGCUGAGUUGGCAGCUGCCCAGGAAAAACUCCGUGUGAUCACCAAUAAAAUCCAAAGUUUGGAGGCUGAUCUUGCAAAACUAACCGCAGAGUUUGAAAAGGCCACCAAUGAGAAGCUCCGUUGUCAACAAGAGGCUGAAAUGACAGCCAAGACUAUUGAACUUGCCAACAGAUUGGUGGGAGGACUGGCCUCAGAGAAUGUCAGAUGGGCAGACUCCAUCAAAGAUUUCAGGAAACAGGAGUUGACCCUCCCUGGUGAUGUGCUGCUUAUUACAGCCUUCGUAUCAUACGUGGGAUGCUUCACAAAGCAGUACAGAUUAGACUUGAUGGACAAACAUUGGGUGCCAUACUUGAAGGGCUUGAAGAUUCCCAUUCCAGUGUCUGAAGGGUUAGAUCCACUGACUUUGCUCACAGAUGAUGCUCAAAUUGCCUCAUGGAACAACGAAGGUUUGCCCAGUGACAGAAUGUCCACAGAAAAUGCCACCAUUCUUACAAACUGUGAGAGAUGGCCCUUGAUGAUUGAUCCUCAAUUGCAGGGAAUAAAAUGGAUCAAGACCAAAUAUGGAGCCGACCUUAAGGUUCUGCGUCUUGGACAGAAAGGCUACUUAGAUGCUCUGGAAAGAGCUUUAGCUUCUGGAGAUGUUGUCUUGUUGGAGAAUAUUGAGGAAUCUGUAGACCCUGUACUAGACCCCCUGAUUGGACGUAACACAAUUAAGAAAGGACGUGCAAUCAAGAUCGGUGACAAAGAAGUAGAAUAUCACCCAGAUUUCAGACUUAUUCUGCAGACAAAGUUAGCCAAUCCGCACUAUCAGCCUGAAAUGCAGGCUCAGACCACCCUGAUUAACUUCACUGUCACCAGGGAUGGAUUAGAGGACCAGCUUCUCGCUGCUGUUGUGAGGAAAGAAAGACCUGACCUGGAGAAACUGAAGGCUGACCUCACCAGACAACAGAACGAAUUCAAGAUCACGCUCAAGAAGCUUGAGGACAACUUGCUAGCCCGUCUGUCUUCUGCGGAGGGUAACUUCUUGGGAGACUAUGCCCUGGUAGAAAACCUGGAGACCACAAAGAGAACUGCUGCUGAGAUUGAAGUCAAAGCAACUGAGGCCAAGAAAACAGAGAUAGACAUUAACUUGGCUCGUGAGAACUAUCGUCCUGCUGCUGCCAGAGCAUCACUGUUGUACUUCAUCCUGAAUGAUUUGCACAAAAUCCAUCCCAUGUACCAAUUCUCUCUCAAGGCAUUCAGUGUUGUCUUUGAGAAAGCCAUUGAUCGCGCUGAGGCAGCUGAGGAAGUUAAACAGCGAGUGUUGAACCUGAUUGACUGCAUCACCUUCUCUGUGUUCACAUACACAGCAAGAGGCUUGUUUGAGAGAGACAAGAUCAUCUUUACUUCUCAGAUGACAUUCUUGAUCUUGAUGGCCGCGAAUGACAUCAAUCCAGUUGAACUGGAUUUCCUGCUUCGUUUCCCUGCAGUUCCCAAUGUAACCAGUCCAGUGGACUUCAUGAGCAACAACAGUUGGGGAGGAAUCAAAGCGAUGGCCAACAUGGAGGAGUUCAGGAACUUGGACAGAGACAUUGAAGGCUCUGCUAAACGAUGGAAGAAGUUUGUAGAGAGUGAGUGCCCAGAAAAGGAGAAGUUCCCCCAGGAAUGGAAAAACAAGACCUCCCUCCAGAAACUGUGCAUGAUGAGGGCUCUCAGACCCGACAGGAUGACCUACGCUGUCACGAAUUACGUAGAGGAAAAGCUUGGAACAAAAUAUGUUGAGGGACGUUCUGUGGAGUUUGCCAAGUCCUAUGAGGAAUCUGGACCAGCCACUCCCAUGUUCUUCAUCCUGUCCCCUGGAGUGGACCCACUGAAGGAUGUAGAGGCUCUGGGUAGGACUUUAGGAUUUAAUGAAGACAAGGGCAACUUCCACAACAUCUCCUUGGGCCAAGGUCAAGAGGUCGUUGCUGAGGCUGCCAUGGAUCUGUCUGCUAAAGAGGGCCACUGGGUUGUCUUGCAAAAUGUCCAUUUAGUGGCCAAAUGGCUGGCAACCUUGGAGAAGAAGUUAGAACAGUACAGUGUAGAGAGCCACGAAGCCUACCGCGUGUAUAUCAGUGCUGAGCCAGCAGGCACUGCAGACUCCCACAUCAUACCACAAGGCAUCCUGGAAGCAGCCAUUAAAAUCACCAACGAACCACCAACUGGCAUGUUUGCCAAUUUGCAUAAGGCUCUGGAUAAUUUCACUCAGGAUACCCUUGAGAUGUGUGCCAGGGAGACUGAGUUCAAGAGCAUCUUGUUUGCUCUUUGCUACUUCCACGCCGUGGUGUGUGAGAGGAGAAAGUUUGGAGCCCAGGGUUGGAAUCGUGUGUACCCAUACAACACUGGAGACCUGAGGAUCAGUAUGAUGGUGCUGUACAACUACUUGGAGGCCAAUGCUAAGGUUCCAUGGGAAGAUCUGAGGUAUCUGUUCGGAGAGAUUAUGUACGGCGGUCACAUCACAGACGACUGGGACAGGAAGCUCUGCAAGACCUACCUAGAGGUCUAUCUCCAUCCAGACAUGUUGGACGGUGAAUUAUACCUUGCUCCCGGCUUCCCUGUUCCACCAAACUCUGACUAUAAAGGAUACCACAACUACAUUGAUGAAUGCCUUCCACCUGAGAGUCCCUACCUGUACGGUCUUCAUCCAAACGCUGAAAUUGAGUUCUUGACAACCACUUCAGAAAACCUGUUUAAGACAGUGUUGGAGAUGCAGCCCAGAGAUUCUGGUGCCUCGGCUGGUGGUGGAGUCAGCAGGGAAGAAAAGAUCAAGGGUAUUUUGGAUGAAAUAGUGGAGAAAUUGCCAGAAGAAUUCAACAUGAUUGAGAUAAUGGCUAAAGUCCCACCAGAGGAGAGAACUCCGUAUGUACUAGUUGCUUUCCAGGAGUGUGAGCGAAUGAACAUGCUGACCAAUGAGAUCAGACGAUCACUAAAAGAACUCGACCUUGGAUUAAAGGGUGAAUUGACCAUCACAUCUGACAUGGAGGACUUAGGAAAUGCUCUCUUCAUGGACUUUAUCCCAGAGAGCUGGAACAAGAAGGCUUAUCCAUCCCUGUAUGGUUUGACUGCAUGGUAUGCUGAUCUUUUGCUGAGAGUGAAGGAGCUGGAGACCUGGUCAUCUGACUUCCAGCUUCCGGCUGCUGUCUGGCUCGGAGGAUUCUUCAACCCACAAUCCUUCCUCACAGCCAUCAUGCAGCAGAUGGCUCGUAAAAACGAGUGGCCAUUGGAUCGCAUGUGUCUGCAGUGUGACGUCACAAAGAAAGCUCGUGAGGACAUGGCAGGCCCGCCCAGAGAAGGUGCUUACGUCCACGGCCUGUUUAUGGAGGGAGCCAGAUGGGACAUGCAGACGGGCAUGAUCAAUGAAGCACGACUGAAGGAGUUGGCGCCUGCAAUGCCUGUCAUCUUUAUCAGGGCCAUCCCAGUCGACAGGCAGGACACUAGGAACAUCUAUGAGUGUCCAGUCUACAAGACAAAGACCAGAGGUCCAACAUUCGUCUGGACUUUCAACCUGAAGAGUAAGGAGAAGGCCAGCAAAUGGGUCCUUGGAGGAGUUGCCCUUCUUCUGCAGAGUUAAACCCUGCCAAACUGACAUUCAAAAAAAUCUUUGAUGAAGUAAAAGUUUCAAACAACAACAGAAACAUUUUUAUAUCCAAAUGAAGUAUUUUUGAGUUUUUAUGUGUGAAUGACUUGUUGUGGACCAGUCUGAAGUUAUACAUGACUAACUUAUAAUAUGUGAUACGAUUUAUUUUUCAAUGAUGAAAACAAAAACCUGUGCAUGAACCGUCCAAAUUUAAUGUAUUUAAUAAAUUAUAUAUUUAAAAAGUUUUACAACUGUUAUGCAAUUAAAAUGAAUGAAUGCUGAAUAAAUUAAUUGCAAUUAA